GUGACAUGAAAUAAUUACGCUAGUGAGAAUUUGGAUUACAUCACAAUUGAUUGAAAUGCACUUAUCUCUCUCUCUAUAAUAGUUUAUCAAUAUGAACAUGCCUUACAUAAUUUUCAUUUUUCAUCAUUUACACAAUUAACAAAAGAUUUUAACAAUAUACAUACAACAUGAUGAAGAGGUUUAACAUGGAUUUUAUGAAUUUUAGACUGAUUGCUUCACUUGUUGAGACUAAAUGAAUUGUUGUAUACCCUUAAAUACCCUUACUACUUCAUUUGAUUCUGAAGAACACAUGCAAAUUUCACCUUUGAAUUAGAUCAUACUGAAACAGAUACUAUUCAGCGUCAACUGUCCUCAUGAAUUUUGGUAAACUGCCUCAAGUAACUGCAGUUACCCUUUUUCUGAUAUAUAUUCAUAUAGUUCAGUCAGUUCCAAUGGAGACAAAUGAAGUGAAAAGUAGUUUUUUAACUAACAAUAUAACAGCACACAACACUUCAGAUGGAACUAUUUUUCAAGUCUAUCCAACAUGGAUCGACUUCGCUACACGGUUUGUUCCAAUGGCAUUAUUUGUCGAUCGAUAUGUUACCAUAAUUUAUUAUAUACUGGGUUUUCCUGGUAAUUUACUCUCCUUGAUUAUAUGGUCUAACAAAAGAAUGGUUCGAGAGAAUUCAGCUGCUGUCUAUCUGGCUGCUUUAUCUAUCAAUGACAUUAUUGUUUUAAUUUUUGCAUUGCACAGAGAUUUAUCACGUGUUUGGAAUAUUCAUCAACAUUUUUCCCCGGGAUCAUGUGAAGUUCAGAAUAUCUUAUCACCGGCUGUACAGUAUGCUUCACCAUUAUUUGUUCUUGCUUUUACUGUGGAAAGAUGGUUAGCCAUAUGUAAACCAUUCGCCAUUGAUAGAAUAUGUAGUCCAAGAAGAGCAAUCUAUAUAUGUUUCUCAAUUAUUAUUGGAACAAUUUUAGUUUGUUCUGGGCAUGCAUAUAUAUUUAUUACUGAAAAUAAUACAUGUAAUAAACGUCAUAUAAAUGCUUUAAUAGUCAGUGUAUAUUUAUCUUGUUUAGAAGCUGUAUUUGCUGGUGUUGUACCAUUAUUAGUGUUAAUUUUCAACUGUUUAGUUAUCAAAGAACUUGCAAAAGUUCAUCGAGCUAAUAAACAAUUAGCUCUUAUGUCUAAUCAAUUAUCCUCUUCAUCGACUACACCAUCAAUGUCAAUCACUGGACAAAAUGAAUUACAAAUUAAACCAAAAAUAUUACAUAAAAAUAAGAUUAAAUCUUGUUUUAAAAGUUUAUUUUCAACACAGAAUACAUAUAGACAUUCAUCUACUAUACAAUCUAAUCGAAAGCGAACAAAUGAUAAGUUAAUUUCGACAAAUCCUUCUAUUGAAACAAAUCUGAAUAUGCGUAGCUCACGAGAAAUACCAAAGUAUUCGGAUAAAUCACUUGCUUCUAGGCAUCCAGUUAAUUCAUUUGAUAAUAAUGGUCGACCAACAAUUAUUAAUGGUCGACCUCACAUCUCUAGUCGUAUAAGUUCUGAUGUUGUCGGGCUAGAUUUUAAUGCAUCACGAAAAAGUUCACAUGGUAAACGUACUAGUCCAAGUUUUAAAUCGACAACAUUAAUGCUGUUGACCAUUAGCUUUUAUACAAUUUUAACAACACUACUCGGUGGUCUUGUCUACUUAAUUCAUCAAACUCAAGAGGAACCAAAUAUGAAUGUUACAGAAAUGGAGGCAUUGAAAGAUCCAGUCUGGAAUCGAUAUUUCACAACGAUAACUAUCAAGGCAUUUGGAGAUGAAAUCGCCCUGUCACAUUAUGCAUUUGGUUUUAUUAUCUACUAUGCAACUGGUUGUAACUUUCGUCUACGUGUUCAUCAAUUAUUCAGAGGAUUAUUCUAUCGCUUAGGUUGUCGUUGUGAAGCACUAAUGAGGCUUGGCUUAAAUGACGACAGUGAAAAUAUUCCAUCAUUUGCUCGUCGGUCACAUAAUCGUUUGUUGACAAAUGGUGAUCGACUGGAUAAUAAUUUCGACAAUUCACCUCAUUCUCAUCAUCCUCAUCAACAGAAGCUACUAACCGAUACAAAAUCGACUACAAAUGACCAGUCAUCACAAUUAAACAAAUCAACUUUAUUUAGAACAUCUGAAGAACGGCCAAAACCAUCGCCAAGAUUGAGUUCAUCUCGGAGAGAGUCAUCUCGGCGAAAUAAUAAUGGAAUGUCUAACUCAGUGAAUCCCUCUGUAUUAUCCGGAUAGCAUAAUCAUUCUUCCCUUAUCAAAUAUGUUCAUAAUUCGAAAUACUCCAGAGGAUCUUAUUUAUUACAUAACAGUAUAAGAAUCUGUGUAAUAAGAGGAUUGUUCCUUUCUUUUCGUUUCCCUUUUUAAUCAUCUAUUUAAAUUACACAAUUUUGUCUAAUAUUACUAAAUUCUCUUUUUUUUAUUGUUUUACGCAACACCAUUUUCUUCGAGAAAUCAAAAGUAUAACUGGUAUUCAAUUAUAGUGAAAACAAGACCUAAAGAUGUCAAGCGAUACAGAGUGAUAAACACCUUCUCUACUGACGCAUUUAAGAAUUUCCAUAGUUCACUGUUUUUACAUAUGCCAUUUGUUUGAGAGUAUGUAUGAAUAUGCCUGAAAGUUGGUUGUAUAUUUAAAUGAUGACAUCUAACUCAACUUCAUGUGUAUGUAGAUAUACCCAUAUGAUUUAUAUGCACUUGUACUUUUAAUAAUGUCAUUUAAUGGUUAUAUAAGUAAUGUCUUUUUAAACUGUGUUAUCCACAGUAUGAUGUUUACAGGCUGGUUGAGUACAAUUUUUAUCCCUUUUGAGUAAAAC